GCACCUCGCACGCAUUACAUCAUCAACUCAGCAGCACCUUCUCACAGAUAUGGCAUUGGGACAUUCUGGAACACACUAUUGGAUUGGAUGUACUGACCGACAGAUUGAAGGCAUAUGGCGAUGGUCCGAUGGGUCAAGUCUCAGCUACACAAACUGGGCUCCAACACAACCAGACAACGCUGAUGGCAUCCAGGACUGCGGAAUUCUGUACAGCAUAUAUGGAUAUGCACAAUGGGAUGAUACGGAAUGCAGUACUCCAUACUUCUUUAUUUGCCAAACAGAUAUUAACGAAUGCUCCAAUGAUAACGGAGGCUGCAGCCACAACUGUGAGAACACUGACGGUAGUUACCGUUGUAUCUGUCAGGACGGGUACCAGCUGUCCGGGUUAACGGACUGUAGGGAUAUUAACGAAUGCUCCAAUGAUAACGGAGGCUGCAGCCACAACUGUAAGAACACUGACGGUAGUUACCGCUGUAUCUGUCAGGAUGGGUACCAGCUGUCCGGGUUAACGGACUGUAGGGAUGAAGACGACAAAACACCGGGGACCCUUGAAAAUAUACUUUCUUCAGUUGUGCCUCCCAUCACCACCAUCGUCGUCGUUAUCCUCAUUGUCAUUGCUAUCAUAUUUGCCAUCAGCAAGUACAAGAAUAAGACAACUCCAGACAACUCCAAUUCUCCACCACCUCCCUACAGCCAAAGGAUGGCCUGGAAAUAAAACUGACGUGUAUUCAUUUAAUCAGCCUUGUAACCUCCAUGAAGUAUGCCACAGAGGACAUAUUUUAGCAAUUGUUGUCUAACUAGCUAUAGUUUAUAUUUUCACUAGCGUUUGUCUGACUGUCUGCUGUUUUAACAAGAGAAAGGCUGGAUUGAUUAAUUUCAUAAUCAGUGUUGGUAGUAUGUGACAAAAACUUGAAAUAUUUGAUUUGGGGCCUCCUUACCGCCACCUUUGUUAAUGCAGCAGAAGUGCUGGUUUUGAAAUCUCACGUUCCGUACAAGAUAUGUCAACGUUAGAUAGCUCGUUCGCUCAGAAAGAAGUGACAUAAAUUUUGACCCCCUUACAGCGAGUUUUGGAGUAGCAGGGCCCAUUUGUCAAAGAUAUUCUAAGAAUUGAAAGUGAUAAGAAAUUUUCAUUAUUUUUGGUUUCGAGCUAGCAUAGAAAAUGAUGUACAAAACGUAAUAUGCAAAUACGAUUACAUUUUCAUUGUUACUGGGAAUAUUCGUACUAUUAUGCAUAUGGAUGCUUAAUUUGCAUAACCCAUGCAAAAACUUUAAAAUCACAUCAUUUCCUAUACCUGGACUUAAAUAAAAUUAACAUAUGUUAUUCAUGACAGGUAGGAAAUAAACAGAUACUUAUAUUGAUUACUAAUACAAAUAUGGCAAAGCCGCUUAAUGUUAAGUGAUGGGAACAUCACAGGACAUAAAAUCUACUUUAUAAAGAUAUGGAGUCGCCGAAAUGAAGUCUGACGAUCCUGUGAAACAUGAGAGCUCUGAGUUGGAUACAUGUCCUAUUCUGAGCAAAAUCAGAAUGUUGAUGUGGUGUGGUGUGAUGUUAUCAUACUAAAGAACGCCUCAACAGAAAAAAAUAUAUAUUGUAAAAUCUUGUCAUCAAUCAACAUUUUAUACAGCAUAAGUUAAUAAUACACAUACACUAAAUAGUGAUAUUUACGGUAUAAUAUUGACUUUUUUUGUCGUUGGAGUGCUUUUAAAUAUAUGAGAGAUCUUUUCUUUGCAUAUUCCUGCCCAGAUGGGCUAAAUGUAGUAAUUCAGUAGUGUUGUUUGAAGUACUAAAGAUUGAAUGCUAUUAUCAGUGUAACAACUGAACAAUUCGAUGAACGUAGUAUGUAUCUGGAGGUAUGAUAUUAUUUGAACAAUUGUUCACAUGCCUCUUCCGCCUCAUUCAAACAGGUGUAUACGAACUCACGUAGUGUUUUUAUAUUGCUGUCAUUGACUGUCAUUAUAUAUACAAAUAGUUUGUUGUUGUUUAACAGUUUUAUUACACCGUGUGUCUACAUUGAGAGAACGUCUAAAAGAAUUAUGCAUGUCACUGUAUGAAGAACACUGAUAAAAAUAGACGUUUGGAAUUACAGAGUGUUCAAAGUC